CCCAGGACCCGCAGGGCCACUCGGUCUUCUGGGACGCACUGGCGUUCCAACGCGUGGACGUGGCCAUGGUGCUGCUCCGGCACUUCCCGCCAGGCAUGCCGCACGGCGUAUGCCUCGGCGAGCAGCACAAGCGCAACGGCAAUUCCCUCCUGCACUUGGCCGCCGGGGUCUCCUGCUUCUCGCAGAACGCCGAGGCGCUCUUUGCCGCCCUGUUCGAGCAAGUGCCCGACGGGCUGAAGAUGCACAGGAACAAGAAGGGCCAGACAAUCGCCCACACCGCGGCCUCGCGCUCGAACUUCUGGGUCCUCCGCUUCCUGGCGGCGCGCGGCCUCGACCCGCUCUUCGUCGUGGAGGACCACGAGGGCCUGACCCCGCGCAAGCUGUUGGAGAGGACCCUGGACGGCUGGGGCGUGCCGGGGCCGCUCGAGCGCCUGGACGCCACCGCGUCGCGCAUGCCCUCCUGGUGCCCGCUGGGCGCCUUCCAGCCCCCCGCGGCGGGCCACCGGCCGGCCCUCUCCGACGUGGUCGUGACGGUCGAGGACGCGGCCCGCGGCCCGGUCCACUUGCACGCGCACCGCGUCAUCCUGGCCUCGAGCUCCGACGUGUGGCACCGCGCCCUGGAGGCCGAGGUGCUGCCGGCGGGCUCGGAGGGCGCCAGCGGCGCCGUGCUGCUGGCGCUGGACGCCCAGCAGUGCAGCAGCGCCGAGGCGGCUCUGUUCGCCCUGCGCUUCCUGUACACGGGUGAGGUGGACUGCCCCUUCAGGAGCGACGCGGCGGUGCUCCUGCAGCUGCUCCGCCUGUGCUCGGCGUGCGCGCUGCCGCCGCCCCUGUGCGCGGUGGCGCUGGACGCGCUGUGCCAGCACGUCGAGGCCCCCGAGGUGGCGAGGGAGCUGCUGCUCGCCGUCUUCCCCGCGGACGCACCCCGGGUGCACGUGCCGGCGCCGCACCGCGCGCACCUCGCGCGCUGCCUCGUCGGCAGCGACACCGUCUGGGCCGCCGCCGAGGAGGGCGGCCGCGGGAAGGUCCUCGAGAAGGCCCUUGCCGCGCUGGAGCCGGGGCUCGCGGCCUGCCGCGAGCGGCACGCGCGCGCGCAGGCCGUGGCGUCCGUCGCCGUGGGCGCCGGCGGCCAGGCCCUGUCGACGGGGCCGCUGGGGUCCGGGUGGCUGCGGGCCCCCGAGGCGGCCGUGCAGGGCGACCCCUUCGCCUUCGCCGACGCCCGCUCCGAGGCGCCGACGAUGGUGAGCUUCCACAGGCUCGGUUAGGCGGCCAGCCCGCGAGCCGUCGCUGCUCCAGGGCAGUGGAAGGGG